AUGCAAAGCAACCAGCUCAGCAAAGUUGAUGCGGCAGUUCAGGAUGCUGCUGAAAGCUCUUUUCAUGGGAAGGCUGGAGAUGGUCCGCUUGAUUCGCGGCUGGCCUGGGCUGGUCACCGCGUCGCCGCUCAUGGUGGAGAACCGUCACGAUUAGGCCACUUCAUAGAAACGCGGCCGUUUGUGCGAUUUGGGGAAGUUCGUCGGGCGUUUCUAACACGCGCGGAGUACUCAGUCAAUUCGCGAGCCAGCGAGCAUAAGUCGGAAGAGCCAUCAGCCCACAGCACGGACGCAGCGUCGUUUUUGAAGGAACACAUGCGGGAUGAGCGGGCCACGCGGGAGCACCGACAGCCCGUGACGGCUGACCGCCUGCCAGAUAUGAUCGCGCCGUAUCAUAUCCACAGAUGCGGCCACCUUGCCGGCCUAGGGUUGGAUGUCCCCCUCUCGCCGUGGGAAGCAGACCUGCUGCACGCUUCAUAUGGCGCCGCCGGCUCGAGUUUGACACUAACGAGGGAGAUUGUGAAAACUGGUGAGAAGCACGAAGCCGAGAUUGUCGGCGGAGGGCUUGGUCUGUCGGCAGCCUACCUGCUUGCCUCCCCACCCGCGUGGGACGAAGGGGAGUGUGAGCAAUACCUAUCUCAAGAGCUGGGUGAAGAGAAGGAGCUCUCAGAAAGAGAAGUAGCCAUGAAUUCGGCGAAAGCCCAGGGUGAGUCAGCUCAGGGAGGUUCGGAGCACGGGGAAACUGGACCUCUGGAGGAAGCUUCCUUGAAGGCUAUGGAUGACUACAGGCGGCGUGCCGUGGUGAUGUGGGCGGUGGGAGAAGCAACGGUGAAUGAGGUGGUGGAGAGUUGCACGGGGGAAGGGCGUGGUGGUGAGGAGGAGUCUAACAAGGAGGGUGAUGGAGACAAGAUCAGUGAAGGGGAGAACGUAGGGCAUGCUUGGCAGCAGCGGUGGUGGCCCCAUAAGCACACUAGACCUUUGGAACAAAGGCAUGGAUCGCAAUUGGACAAGCAUUUGUAG